AAUAUUAUAUGGAACUCUCAUGUACUUAUGAGCUUAUGUUGUGUUCCAGGCCAUUGAGAGUUUGCUCAGCAAAAAGAUAUUCCUUAAUAUAGAGUAUGGAGUCAAUGGAUACGAGUGAGUAUGCACAAGGUCAAGAUGAAACUCAUAAGGAAAUAUUGUCAACACUUUGGAUUAUUUUCACUAAAAUCGGAAAAGGAAAAGAUGGAGUUGAAAGAGCUGCAUGCAAUUUUUGUAGUACUGAUUUUGCCAUUGGAAAAAACCCCAAGUCUGGUCAAAGUUAUGGAACUUCACAUCUAAGUCGUCAUGUUUUUAUUUGUAAAAGUUUCCAGUUGAGCCUUCUUAGUCUAGAGGAAUCGUCAAGCCUAACCCCAAUCAACUAAAACACACAUCGUGAAUUACUUGGAGAAGCCAUUAUUGCACAUGAUCUUCCUUUUAGCUUUGUCGAGUAUGAAAAAAUUCGAGUUUGGGUGAAAUAUUUGAAUCCAUGUGUUGAAAUGGCCUCUAGGAAUACCAUGGUGUCAUAUAUUGAAAAAAUAUAUGAUAAAGAAAGGAUCAAGCUUAAGGAAAUCAUGGGUAGGAUUCCAAAUAAAAUUUGUCUAACAUCGGAUGUUUGGACAGCAUCUACUAGUGAGGGUUAUAUCUGUUUGACUGCUCAUUUUGUUGAUGAAAAUUGGAAGUUAGUUAGUUGUCUUCUUAACUUUCUUCGAAUGAAGCCCCCCCACACGGGUAUUGCACUGGAAGCUACUUUAUUUGAUUUCUUAAAGCAAUGGGGAAUAGAUAAGAAAAUAUUUACUAUUACGCUGGAUAACGCAUCUGCCAAUGAUAACAUGCAAGACCACUUGAAAACUCAUCUUCGAGUGCAAGGCAAUUUGAUGUGUGAUGGUGAAUUUUUUCAUAUCCGAUGUUCGGCCCAUGUACUCAACUUAAUUGUCCAAGAGGGUUUAAAAGUUGCUAGUGAAGCCCUCCAUAAAAUUAGAGAGAGUGUCAAGCAUAUUAAAGGAUCUGAUGGAAGGAUGCUUAAGUUCAGAGAUUGUGUCGAGGAUGCAGGGAUAAAUGUUAGCGGUGGUUUAAGAUUUGAUGUAUCUACUAGAUGGAAUAGAACUUAUUUGAUGCUUGAAAGUGCCUUGCAAUAUAGGAAAGCUUUUGAGUUUUAUAAGGUGGCGGAUAGAAGCUAUAAAUAUUGUCCAUCUGAUGAGGAAUGGGAAAAGGGGGAAAGGAUUUGUGAGUUUUUAGAACCUUUUUAUGAAAUUACCAAUUUGAUUUCUGGUUCAUCUUAUCCAACUGCAAAUCUGUAUUUCAUGCAAGUGUGGAAAGUCCAGUGCAUUUUAGAAAAACAUCAAAAAAGUAUUGAUAAGGUGAUAAAAGAUAUGUCUGAUAAUAUGAAAAAGAAAUUUGACAAAUACUGGAAAAACUAUAGUAUUGUGCUAGCAUUUGGAGCUAUUCUUGAUCCACGCUUGACGGAUAAAUUUUUGAAGUUUUGCUAUACUACACUUGAUGCCUCAACCUCUGAAGGGAAACUUAAGAAUGUAAUGGAUAAAUUCAAAGGGCUUUAUGAAGAAUAUGUGAGUUAUUCUACCAAUCAAAGUGUUUCUCUUUCUCAACCAUCUAAUGAGUUCAACACAUUGGCUAAGCUAUCUAGAGAGGGGAAUAAAGCUAAAAAAUCAAAGAUUAUAACCGAUUUUAAAACAUGGAACUCGAUUGAGAGUAGGUUUGUUCUUGGAAAGAAUGAAUUAGAUACAUACUUUGACGAUGAAUUACUGGAGCUAAAUGAAGAACACUAUGAAGUAAUGUACUUCUUUAUUGGAAGUUUAAUGAGAAAAAGUUUCCGAUACUCUCCAUAA